UGCUGCUGCUGAGCAUGAUGGGAUUGAGCCGUGGCAAAAGCUCUGGUGACAGCAGUCGGCAUACAACAGUUUAGCGUUAGCCGGUGAAGGCUAAAUAGCUCUCAAAUGAGCAGAGAUGUCGAGCAAAGAGGUGAAGUCUGCGUUGAAAAACGCAAGGGAAGCCAUCAAAAACAAAGAGUACAAAGAAGCCUUAAAGCAUUGCAAGGCUGUGCUGAAGCAGGAGAAGAAUAACUACAAUGCCUGGGUUUUCAUCGGCUUGGCGGCGAGCGAGCUGGAGCAGCCGGACCAGGCGCAGACGGCCUACAGGAAGGCCUGUGACCUGGAGCCCCAGCAGCUGCUGGCCUGGCAGGGGCUGGCUAACCUGUAUGAAAAAAGCACCCAGACGGAUUUCACAGUCGAACUACCAAAGGUCUACCAGAGACUCAUAACGCUGUACGAAAGUUCAGACAAGGCAAAAUGCUACGAAGUGGGACGGAAGUUGGUCGACAUCUAUCACGUAGAGAAGAAUCAUUUGCAGGUGGCUAGACUGUGGCUUAGGCUGAUCCAGCUGAGGGAGGAGGCUGAGGGGGGUUUGGGGAGGUCUGAGUUGCUGCAGCUAUGGCAGCAGAUGACCGAGCUCCUGGCUGACAGCGUGGAGGAGCAGGACAAUGAAACCCAACAGCACUUGUUAAAUGCUUUUGAAAAGGCCAUGUCCCUCACGGACAGUACCCCCACAGUGGACCACAAGAAGCUCUCAGCCAAUUACGUUACGUGCUUAUCAAAACUCCCGCAUGAGGAGGUGAAGAUGAAGGAGGCCUGUGAAGCCAUGCUGACCCUCUAUCCCACCCACGCCUUCCCCCUGGAGGUGCUCAGCUCACACUACCUCCACUCUGGUGCCUGCAGUGAGGAGGCUUCUCGCUGCUUCGCACGGCUGCUGGAGCUGGAUGCAGACAGCGGGCCGGCCCACAUGGGCCUGGGGGUGCAGGCCCUGCAGGGGGGGCGGUACGAGGAGGCCGUGAGGAGCCUGGCUAAGGGUCUGAAGCGCUCACGGUCCUGUUCGCUGGGGUGGCUCAGUCUGGCCCAGGCCCAGCUCAAACUGCACAGAUACCCUGACAGCAUCGCCUCCUGCAGACAGGGACUGGAUGCGAUUGGCGGGGAGGCCGGAGGGGCGGAGUCGAGGAGGAGCCUGCUGCGGUUGAAGGCGGAGGCUUUGGUGAGGGGCGGGGCAGAGCAGUACGCAGACCAGGCCCUGGAGACGCUCGCACAGUUGGCUGAUGCCGAUAACGACCCUGAUCUGGUGUCACUAAGAGGAAGGGCUUAUCUGCAGAAGGGAUUGGUGGACCAAGCUCUUCAGGUGUCCGCUGAGCUUCUGGAGGCUCACCCUGCCCAGCCGGAGGUUCUGGUCCUGAGGGGACUGGCACAGCUGGCCCACGACCAGCUCCCACAGGCUGAGGAGAGCUUCCUGAAGGCCCUGGAGCAGGGGCCAGGUUCGGGGGAGUGCCUCUUCCUGCUCGGACGGCUGUACUGGGACAUGGGGGAGGAGACGCGCCGCGACAAGGCCAAGGCUCACGCCCACCUUCUCAAGGCUGCCAAGCUGGACCCUCACCUGGGGAAGACCUUCCGCUACCUGGGGCACUACUACCGAGACGCGGCUCAGGACCGCGGGAGGGCCCGGGGCUGCUACAAGCGGGCGUUUGAGCUGGACGCCUCCGACACGGAGUCCGGGGCCGCCACCGUGGACCUCAGCAUGGAGCAGGGAGACAUGGACUCUGCUCUGGCCAUCCUGGCGGCAGUGACGGAGAAGGCCACUCCGGGCUCGGCGAAGUGGGCCUGGAUGAGGAGGGGACUGUACCACCUGCAGAUCGGGCAGCACCCGCAAGCCAUCGCAGACUUGCAGGCGGCACUGCGGGCUGAUACCCAGGAUUGGGUGUGCUGGGAGUGUCUGGGCGAGGCCUACCUGAAGAGGCGGAGUUUCACGGCAGCGCUCAAAGCCUUUGACAAAGCCCGGCAGCUCAACCCCGCCUCCAUCUACAGCCUGUACCAGAUGGCUGCCAUCAAGCAGACCCUGGGGAAGUUUCCGGAAGCCGUCUCCGAGUACAUGCAGAUCAUCGCCCGGGAGGAGUACGUCCCGGCGCUGAAAGGUCUGGGAGAGUGUCACCUGGCCCUGGCCCAGGGGGCAGUGGGGGACUAUCUGGACGGGCGAGCGGUCGACCUGCUUCAGCUGGCGGUGGAGUUCCUCUUCAGAGCACUGCAGCUGCGGCCGGACCUGUCCUGCCUGUGGAAGGUCCUGGGGGACGUGUGCACCUCGGUCCACGCCGUCUCCCCCAGCCGGGCCAGGGUUCUGGUACCAGGAUCACUGGCUGGAACAGAGCCCUCCGACCAGAAGCACACCCUCGACCAGGCCCAGAUCCUCAAACUCGGGGAAAGGUGCUACGGCCGGGCGCUGAAGCUCAUGUCCGAAGCUCCCAACCUCUGGCACGAUCUCGGCCUCAACUACUACCACCAGGCCCGCCGCCUGAUUGGCCAGGAGGAGGAGAGGGAGGUGUGUCUGGAGAAAGCCUUGCAGUGCGUGAAGAAGGCUGUGAAGCUGGACAGCACCAAACACACCUACUGGAACGCCCUGGGGGUGGUGGCCAUGAGCACAGGCAUAGAAAACUUUACUCUCGCUCAACACUCCUUUAUUAAGUCUUUGGGCGUGGAUGCGAAUAAUGUUGUAGCUUGGACCAACCUGGGGGCCUUGUAUCUGAAGAAGGAAAAUAUUGAGCUCUCUCAUGAAGCCUUCAAGAUCGCCCAGUCACUUGAGCCCCUGUACGUCAACUGCUGGAUCGGACAGGCUCUGAUAGCGGAGGCGGUGGGCAGCUACGACACCAUGGAUCUGUUCAGACACACCACUGAGCUCAGCACCCACACGGAGGGCGUGAAGGGGUAUGCGUUCUGGGUGUGCUCCACCCUGCUGGAUAAGAGUAACAGGGAGUCUGAGCUCUACCGCUACAACAUCGUCCAGAUGAACGCCGUGUCGGCCGCACAGGUGGCCCUGUGCAAGUACACGGAGAGGAUCCAGACGGACUCGGGUGCAUUCACCAUGCUGGGGUUCCUGAAUGAGCACCUGAACCUGAAACGCCAGGCUACCCAGGCCUACCUGAGAGCGAUGGAGCUGCUGGAACCGAUGGGCCCCUCUGAGGAGCUGAACUUCGCCCUCAGAAACUACGGCCGUGCCCUCUGCAACACAGACCAGUGGGAGCAGGCGGUGCGCAUUUACUCCUCCACACCACAGGGGGAGCUGCACGACAUCACAGGGCUGGCGCUCGCCUUCUUCAGAGCCGGGCACCUGCAGGACAGUGUGAGCGCCUAUGAGAGGGCUCUGGGCGUGGCCUCCAGUGAGAAGGAGAGAGCCUACAUCCUCACUGCCCUGGCCCUGCUGCAACACAGGAUGGGCAACAUGGACGCUGCCAAAACUCUGCUCUUUAAGUGCUCCGUGCUCAAGGAGCCAAUCGCAGAGAGCCUGCUGUCGCUGUGCGCCCUGGGAUUGGUGCGUGGAGACGCCACUCUGGCCAGCGCCGCCCUGGCAGAGCUGCUGAAGCAGGGCGGGGCCGUCCGGGGCGGGGAGGAGCGCUGCCUGCUCACCUGCGCCCUGCUGGCCGUGCAGGGGAACUACAGCGCCGUGCAGAGAGAGGCAGCUCGUGCAGUGCACAGUAACCCGGGCAACCCAACUCUCUGGGCACUACUAUCCAGACUGGUGCCGCAGUACUACCCCCAGAAGGCCAGGGGCGGUGCAGUAGCUGGGAGUGUAGCUUGCCACUCCAGCAUGACUCAAGGAAAGAAGGCGCUGUUGUACAGUGGAGUGAACCAGCUGGCCUAUGGGAGGCACUCGGGAGAAGACCCCAGGAGAAACGCGCUGAAGACCAUUCAGAGAGCUGCGCUGCUCUGCCCUGAUGACCCGGGGGUGUGGGCGGCCCUGAUGGCUGCCUGUCACACGGAGGCCACCGCCUGCGUGCUGUCAGGCUCCGCCCCCCGCCGCCAGGGCCUGGAGGGCAUGCUGAUGUCACGCGUGUCCGAGAAAGUAAAGGGUGUGGAGGAUCAGGAGAAGCCCCAGGCUCAGGCCCUGCAGAGCUGGGUUCUGCAGCAGGCUGUGACCUCACUCAAACAGGCCGGCCAGCGCUCAGAGGCUGAGGCCCUCUGUACACAGGUGCUGAGUGUGACUCCAGAGGACCCGGCCGUGUUCCUGUUGUUGAGGCAGGUCCAGUGUGAGGUUCUGCUGCUGUCCGGUGCCGGUACCACCCUUCCCUCCUCCGUACUGGACCAGCUCAGCUCCGCCGUCCUGGCCAAUCACAGCUCCGUAUCCGCCUGGCACUGGCUGGCGGAGGUGUACCGGGCCCAGGGGCUGCUGGUGCAGGCGGUGAUGGCGUACAGGCAGAGCCUCCAGUUGGCCUCCCAGCAGGGCCAGUUUGGGGGGCAGCUCUCCAGCCUGCUGCGGCUGGCCCUGCUGGCCCUCCGGCCCUGCAUGGCGGGCGUCCCGGGCUGUGAGUGGAAGGACCUGGUGUCGGAGGCCACCACGGAGGCCCUGAAGCUGGGCCCCUCUCCCGUGGCCAGACUGCUCCUGGCCCUGCUGCAGUUCGCCCUGAAGAUGGGGGCCAGGGAAACGCGCCGUCUCUUGGAGAGGAUUGUCUACCCCUCCGGGCCCGGUUGCCCGGAAACGGUGGUGUCGGUAGCACGUUGGUACCUCCUCCGCCACCUCCACGCCAAGGACGACCUGGAGCUGAUGGACACCCUAUUGGACCAGGCCCGAGCAGUCAAGGACAAAAGACUCCUGGAGUUGCACAAGCGACUCUGCCCUUAGCACUACCCCUCCACGGGAAGAUAUCAGGGACGAACCUCAUGAACCGUGCAGCCAGUCAGCAGCCAGCCCUGUGUAUGCGUGUGUGUGUCUGCCGCACCGUGCCCGGUGUACGCUAGUUUGUGCAUAACCUUUUACAGCUGGGAGCGGGGAAUCGUGUAAACGCUCCCAGAUGUGGGGAUGGGCGCUUAUUAAAUAAUGGAACAUGGGGUCUCUGGGUCCAGGCUGGAGAAAAUGGCCGAAGGCACUCGGAUUCUUCUCUAUGGCCUUCUUCAGAUGGUCCGAGCGCCUCGUUCGUUUGUCUGCGGCUGAACGCAAAACUGCUUUGUGCCUAAGGAAUGCACUUGAUCUCCGCUUAAUUUGCAAUAAUGCAUUGCAGAAUGUUUACCAAAAAUGGGGUUUGGGGAACAAGUGAUGGUUUUAGAGAAGGGAAUUAAUGCUGUAAUGAACUAGGGGGACUCGUGUACCAUUUUACUCCUCGUGAGUAAUGUCUGAAAUGCGUCGAGUCGAACAACUUCAAUAGAAUUAAACCAGAAAGAAGUGAAAAGACA